CUUACUAAAGAAGGAAACAAACAUCGACGGAAAGCAACCGGAGAGACGGGGCAAGAGUACAGAGAGCAGUAUUACAUUCAGUCUCAAUCGGAGGAUACAUUGACACAGAAGACGUUAUUGCCACAGCUCACUGUGUGUUUACGGGAAACCCCGACUUGCGCGAAUACAUUGUUCUUCUUGUGGAAUUCCUAACAUCUGUACAGCGAUGGCCCAAGAAACCAAUCAGAGCCCCGUGCCCAUGCUGUGUGCCACAGGCUGCGGUUUCUACGGCAACCCCAGGACCAACGGCAUGUGCUCGGUGUGCUACAAGGACCACCUGAACCGACAGCAGAGCAGCGAUCGCAUGAGCCCCCACAGCCCCAUGGGAAGUGCCAUUAGCCCUAGCUCUGAAGCCUCAGCCAUCCAGAGACUGGAGGCCAGCUUAGCCAAAGUAGACCCAUCUGCUGGACCCGCUACAGACAUGUCUAGAACUAUCCAAGGCUCUCUUCCUGUCACUCAACAAAUGACAGAGAUGAGCAUCUCCAGAGAUGACCCAACAGACACCCCAGAGCCUGUGGUGACUCAGCCCACCGCCUCCAGCCCCCCAGCCCCCAGCGAGGAGGGAAAGGGGGACACCCCCAAAUCCAAGAAGAACCGCUGCUUCAUGUGCCGCAAGAGGCUCGGCCUGACAGGGUUCGACUGUCGCUGUGGUAACCUGUUCUGUGGCCUCCACCGGUACUCCGACAAGCACAACUGUCCCUACGACUACAAGGCCGAGGCUGCCGCCAAGAUCCGCAAGGAGAACCCUGUGGUGGUCGCUGACAAGAUCCAGAGAAUAUAGGUCUGACCUGUGACAAGGACUGUGUAUGUAGGUGUGCGUGCGUGUGUGUGUGUGACCAUAGACAUGAACACUGGCACAAGGGGUUAACGGAUUAUUAUGGACUCAUUCUGAAAAAUCCCAGCCUUGAGACAAGAUGAGAAAAAAAACAAGAUUCUGUAUGAGGAAGAUGCAUAGAUGAACACCUUUUUUUGGAAGGGGUGGGGCGGGGGGGGGCGUUGAAAUGAUUUUAUUUUCAGUUUUCCCUGACUUUUGUCUGUGAUGUCUUUGAAAAGAAUGUGUACUGUCUUCUGAAGAGCAAGCUUUGGGGUUGCCCAGGGAAGGUAGGACUCCUGUUGGACUGGUGGCCAUUUUGUGCCAAACUGCGGGAGGCCAUUUUGUGUUCAGACCAGUGCUUGUCGGUGUGUUCAAAAAGAGAGAGAGAAAAAAAGAAGAGCUCUCGUCCUGUGUUUCCAAGAGUCAGGUCAGCGUUCGGGAAUGUACGACGUUGCAAACGACAGAAUGCACGUGGGCUCUGUUUUCCGCCCCCUCACUCUUCUCUCUGUCCUGUCCUACCUAGCUUUACCUACCUCACAGCAGGAAGUGUGUUCCUCCUCGUCACAUUCUCCGCCCCAGCGUCUCUCUCUCCUUCCUCUUUGCCCACAAUCACUUUAUUGGCCAAUGCCAGGGGAGGCUCGUUGAAGACCUCCACAUUUCAGGCAGGGAUAGGUCGCCGCCUCGGACCUUUUGACCUCUGGGCCGCUCGCCAUCUUACAACAACUAUGGGACACGUGAUCCGUUUAUUUUAUUUUAUUUUUUUGCUUUGCAUUGAGAUGCCGUUAGGAGGAGAAGAGGACAAAAAAAAAAAAAAACUUUGAUUCUGUGAUGCUUGUGAACGACAUCAAGGACGAUGAAGUUCAGGGAGCAGAAGGGAUGACCCCUCGGAGGAGGGGUGGAGGGCCAGAGAUCCUAACCCCGGGGCCAGGUCCCAGGGUGAGGACUGCUCAUCAGGCGUCACCGCUGCUGGCGACGUGGAACCUGGAUGUCAACAUGCGCAUGGGCUGCUCUAUCUACAUGAAUGGAAUGAUCUGAAUGACUUGGAUUGUGCUUCAAGUGUUUGGCCAUUUCUUUUAUCUGCCGAAAAAGACUAUUUCUGUUCAAGUUGUGUUUCCUUCAAUAACAUAGUACUGAUAUUAGCACAUCCCUGUAUUUAGUGGAGGAUUGAGAUUAUGUGAACCAUGCUAUGUAUUCAUUUUUUGGACGCGAGUUUCUGUGAAUGCGUGAGCACAGGUUUGUGCGUUGUGUGUGCGGCGUCGGCACGCGUGCGUGCGAGUGUGUGUGUCCUCUGUGGAGCAAUUUGGUUUCAACAGCACAUGUUUACAAAGCUAAGAGGAGGGGCAUGCCAGUGCUCCGUUAGGAAAAUAGAGAGAAGACUUGACGUUUCUGCUCUCUAAUGACUAGUGGUCUGUGUUACUGAUACACGGGACGGGAGAGAAGCAUCUGUGUGAAUGUGCACGUGUGUUUGCGAGCUGUGUGCGCGCGUGUGUGUGUGUGUGAGACCCGUGUAGAUCAUUUUGUUCUGCCUUUAGGGAUGUGAGAUUAUUAUUCAUUUGAAACAAACCCUUUGUAUCAGUUUGAGUUCUCCAUUAUAAUUCUUAGUUAUAUGCAAAUUUGUACAAAAAAACAACAAAACAAAUGUUGGUAUUCAUGUAUUACAUAUAAUCUUGCUAGCCAGCAUUACAGCAAAAAUGUAUCAUGUAAAUUAAACUAUGUACAGAUAGAAGUGGAAAAAGGCU